GGGGUGAUGCAGAUGGAGCUGAUCCUGGAGCACAUUGCACGCGAGAUGGCAAUAGACGACAACUUAGUGCGCGAGCGUAACUUCUUGCGCAUUGGUGAUGCCACACCCAACGGUCAGAUCAUCACCGACACAGGCGGCGGUGACUUCACCUUGCCCAAGGUGCGUACGAUAUAG